GCCAAACUGCUUCCAAUAAAAUUUCGAUGAUGGCAUGCAUUUCAGGUCAUUUUGGUCGAAUGUCACUAUUGGAUUUUUCUCAGUUUUUGCAAAAGUUGUAGUUUCGUACAAAACUACGCUACCGAGAUUCAGAAACGGCGUCCCAAUGGAAAGACCGCGCAUCUGCUGAUUUUUCUGAACACUUUCUUACCUUACUCUAUUGUCAACAGCCUUCAUAAAAGUCUGUGGGGAAUAUUUGAUCCAUAUUUUUGGAUUUCAUUUUUAGAUUUCAGUUUCCGGUACUUUGUUUUCGUUGCAAAGCAACAGUCAUCCAUCAUGUACGACUGGUUCUAAAGAUAAGUAGGAUAUUUGAUUAUCCAUCCUGAUAAUAAAAAGGGUCAUUUUGCGCUUUGUUUGGAAGAUUGAAUGGAUGUAAUUGACCUGACUUCCGACAAUGAAUCAGAUGCUAACGAGAAGAUACCAGGGGAGUCCAGAUUGGCCGAGGAAAAACGCUCAUCGAAAAAGAUAAAGGCUAAUAUUACUGGCAAUUUUUUAAAUACCAAGCGAAAAGUUUCAUUGCCAGAAUCUUUGAUUCCGUUGAAAAUAAAACAAGAGUCGAAACCUAAGGUAGAGAUGAUGGUAGGUGUACCAAGCUCUAGCGUAGUGGAAUCUGUGAGCUUAAGUUUUGGCUCAGAUCCUUAUUACUGGCGCAUUCUGAAAGAUAUGAUUUUUAGUUGCCUUGCGGAUUCAUACGAAGGAAGUUUAAUUAAGAGCUCGCAUCGACAAAAAUUGUUAAUUUUUACACAAGCGCUUCAAGAUGCUCAGAAGUUAUCCAUCCGUUUGUAUUUGCGAAAACAUGGUUGGCUCCGAGAAAGUUCUCUUAAGUAUACAGAAUUUGGUGAAAGUAUAUCUAAUUUGAUUAGUGAACUGGAGAGAAGUAACAUCGUGGUCAGACCAUCUCAUGAUUUAGAAAUAAAUGAUUUGCUCAGUUUGUUGAGAGCACCCGAGCUAUCGGCAAUUGCGACAAAAUUGAAAAUUCAGAAAAAAACCGCCAGUAAUUUGAAAGACGAUAUAGUCAAACUAUGCAAUCAAAAAUGCGUGUUCUCAUCCAAAUCGCUUUUGCACGAUAAAGUACGCAAGAUUUGCCUUCCAUAUAUUACUGAAUGCUUUAAACUGGCAAAGUGGUUCAUCAAUGCCCUGAAUGCAGCUGUGUUUGUGUUCACAAUGUUUACACCAAAUCUAAUAGGGCCUGAUAUUUUUGCAACAUCGGGAAUUGUGUAUCAGGUUCUAAACUUUACAAGGAAUCCUUUGAUUUCUAUCCAGAGAAAUGUUGCUGUAUUUAAUUCCGCUGAAGAAUUUCAAUUGUACAUGCAAUUAUCAACUUAUAUCAAUGAUAUCAACCAAUUAAUGAUAGAAAAAGAGUAUGCAAAGUGCUUGUGCCUUAUUAAGAAAGCAACGGUUUGUUUUUCGAAAUUCAAUCAAGAUAAUACAGAAAAUUCGAGUAAAAUUGUCCCAAAAUAUUUAACAAGAUUUAGUAACAGAAACUUGGUUAAAAGGUUAACGUUUCUCGAGAUCGAAUGUCACUCUAAGUUAAAGGGGUACGCUGUAGCGGCUAGAUGCAUCGAAACUCUUAUUUCCAAGAAACAACUUAGCCAGCGAAAAUUGGGAGAGCAGUACGAUCGAUUAGCUCUCAUUUAUGAUUCGCAUUUGUAUGAUCGAUACAAAUGCAUUCAAACCAUAGAAAAUGCUCUCCUGUCCAAUAUUUUGCCGUUCUCACAAUUGUCUGUAGCAGAAAGAGCGCAUAGGUUACUGAGAAAAGUUCCUAAGAAGGAAAAACCUGGCAAGGUUCCUGCGAAUAAAGAAAACGUUGUUGAUAUUGACGAAGAAAAAGCCAAAAAGACGCUCUGUUGGGAUUGCUUCCGAGUUGAAUCUAAAUGUUGUCAGAUUUUGGAAACUUACUCUAUGAAACUGAUUCUAGAAAUGAAAGUUUUUGCUCGUAGCUCACCUCAUGCUAGAAAAGAGCAAAGAGCGAGAUUUCUCUAUCGGUCAAUUGAAGAUGACUCAACUAUUAUGUGCACUGUUGAGGACUAUGUUUUGGCAGACGUAAAAGAUCGAUUGAAUUUCAAGUUCGGCUUGCACAGAGAAGGAGCUCUUUUUGAAACUCUUUUCUUUGCCUUGAUGGCGGAUAUUGUUUUCUCCAGCGAAAUUUCAAAUGUCUUCUUCUCAGAGUACCAAACAAGGCCGUUAGAUUGGAUGACUCCUGAUUUCCUGGAAAGCCGGCAAGAAAUGAUGGAAAGGAGAUACGACGAGUUGAAGUCUUCGGAAAGAAGGCAAGAAAUUGUCCAAUUGAAUUUUGAAAAUUUUCCAAAUGCAGUAAAUUGGACAAUACAUGAAAGUGGAGUGCCCGAAUUAGUCGAGCUUAUAGAAGUGUUUGAUAUCAACCAAAUAAAACAGAUAUUCGAGAAAAUUUUGACUGAUUGCUCUUUUUCGGGAAUGCCAGAUUUAACUUUUUGGGCGCGCAGGCGUGAUGAAACAGAAGGCAAUGAUCCGAAGAAGAAACUUUUGUUGUUAGAGGUCAAAGGUCCUGGAGACACUUUGUCUUAUAAACAAAUAGUGUGGCUUCAUUUUUUCAAAAGCAUUGGCGUUGAUGCUCAAGUAGCAAGAGUGACUACAACUCAAAAUGAACUUGAUUGAAAUUUGAUGCUAAUUUUAAUAGUUUUUUGUAUUUGGAUAAAUAGUAUUAUGCAUGGCACCUAUUGUUUCUUGUUCUUUUAGAAAAUGCAGAAGAUAAAAAGUUUCAAGUUUUCAACCAAUGAA